UCGACGCAGUUGCAUCAGUUCCUCCACGCCCAGCCAGCUCCGUCAUCGUGCAACCUUUUGUCUACCUGGUGUAGCUCUCCUCGUCGCCCAACAACCCCACAACUCAACCGCCAUCAUGUCUCUCGGCAUCAUCACCAUUGUCCACGCCGUCCUGGCAGUUCUGCUCAUCAUCGAGCUCGGUCUCACCGGAUAUGUCGUUAGCGAAACCAGCUCGUCUUACUUCGGCACCACAUCCCCCUCUCAGUUCAGCUUCAUGCUCUUCAACUCCAUUUGGUCGCUCCUCAUGCUCGUAUACCUCGCCAUCGUGCCCCUCUUCGCGAAUCGUCUCUACCACUCCGUCGUUGGCCUCGCCAUCCUCGCCGUCACCACAAUUUUCUGGUUCGCCGGAUCCAUCGCUAUGGCCGACUUCAUCGGCGUACCCCACUGCCACGGCAACAACUUCUGCCAGAGCGCUCAGGCCGCUGUCGCAUUUGGCUUCUUCAUCUGGGCCAUCUUCACUGGCCUGACUGCCAUGGAGGGUCUCGCCUUUAUGCGCUCGCGCGGCCACAGCGCCCACGCCGAUACCACCAAGCCCGGCCACGGAGUUGCUUAAACGGAUUCCGGCAGUACUCAAAACGAAUCGAUUCAAUACGAAACCGCUUCAAAACUUGGUGAUGGAGGAGGAAAUUGUCGACUACUGGUUUAACGAUUUCCUACGUCUGGCUUGUUUGGCUUGUCCUUCUGUUUUUCUUUUUCAUCCUGGAUUGCGACGGGACACGGUUGGGAGAUACCCUCAGGACUCACGAAACGCGAGUGUUACUUUAUA